CCCCAAUAAUACUCUGUGCACGUCAGCCGCCCAGAGCGUACCAGACAGCGGCUAAGGCAAAGUGGAGCUUGCAAGUUCACUCCUUUAGUGGCGCCGCGUCCGUUCUUCCGGUGAAGUAGAGAUGAUCAGUGCUGGAUGCUUCGCCUGCGCCAAUUCCAUCCUCAUCUCUCCUCCUACAAAAUAUUCUAUUGCUUCCCCAUACUUUCUUCCUAUUCCCGACUACAAGGUUUCCUUCCAAAACCACAGCCUGCAUAAACCCUUAUCUGCUUCCAGCCCUAAUUCAAAUGUACAAUCUUUCCGAGUUAAUGCAGCGGGUUUUAACCCAAGCACAAAACCAAAUAGCAUUGUUUGCAGCGACUGUGAUGGAAAUGGUGCAGUAUUAUGCAAGCAAUGCAAAGGAAGUGGAGUAAACUCUGUUGAUCACUUCAAUGGCCAAUUUAAGGCUGGAGAAUUAUGCUGGCUUUGCAGGGGGAAACGGGAUAUCUUAUGCGGUAACUGCAAUGGUGCUGGCUUUAUUGGUGGCUUUAUGAGCACAUUUGAUGAUUAGAACGUUAACUAUAAAUGUGCCAUUGGUUUGGUUAAUGUGUGAUGGAAUACUUCACCUGAAACUCACAUGUUCUACUUCUUAUAUAGAAUAUUUCUAUUUUCUCAGCUAAAGGUCCUGUCUUUAAUUAUGUUCUGCAAGUUGUUAUGGUAAAAAUGUCAAGUAUAGAACUUAAUCCUAUUAAAACCAGGCGUCCAUAGUUUGAAAAAAAGGCUUAUUCAGCGUUUUUUUUUUUUUGGC